UGCCCCCUCUUGAUUUCAUUGUUAGCUUUAGGCUAACCGCUAGUUUAGCUAGCUAACAGAUACUGCUGGUUCUCGUAAGUGAACUUGUGUACAAGUACACAUAAAAAACGACUAUACAACGAUGAGUAAAAGGAAAGCGCCACAGGAAUCCCUAAAUGAAGGAAUUACAGACUUUCUUGUUGAACUGGCCAACUAUGAGAGAAAUGUCAACAGAGCUGUCCACAAGUACAACGCAUACAGGAAAGCAGCAUCUGUUAUCUCAAAGUACCCCCAGAAGAUUAAAAGUGGCACAGAGGCCAAGAAAUUGGACGGUGUUGGCGCUAAAAUUGCAGAGAAGAUUGAUGAGUUUCUACAAACAGGCACCCUCAGGAAACUGGACAAGAUUCGUAAUGAUGAUACAAGUUCUUCCAUCAACUUCCUUACCAGAGUGACUGGUAUUGGGCCUGCUGCAGCCAGGAAGUUCUUUGACGAGGGAGUCAAGACCCUGGAAGACCUGAAGAACAUUGAGCACAAGCUUAACCAUCAUCAGCAGAUUGGGCUCAAGUACUUUGAGGAGUUUGAAAAAAGAAUUCCACGAGCAGAGAUGCAGACGAUGGAAGCGCUUAUCCUGAAGGAACUGGACAAAGUUGGCACCGACUACAUCGGCACAAUCUGUGGGAGUUACAGGAGAGGUGCAGAGUCCAGUGGGGAUAUUGACAUCCUCCUAACCCACCCUGAUUAUACUUCAGAGUCUGAGAAGCAGGCCAAACUCCUCCAUGACGUGGUGGACCACCUGGAGUCCGUCGGGUUCGUGACCGACACCCUGUCCAAAGGGGACACCAAGUUCAUGGGGGUGUGCCAGCUGCAGCCGAGCGACGAAGAGGAGGAAGAAGAGUACCUUCACAGGCGCAUUGACAUCAGGUUAAUUCCUAAGGACCAGUACUACUGUGGCGUUCUGUAUUUCACUGGGAGCGACAUCUUCAACAAGAACAUGCGAACCCAUGCUCUGGAGAAGGGCUUCACCCUCAACGAGUACACCAUCCGGCCACUGGGGGUCACUGGCAUGGCAGGGGAGCCUCUGUUGGUGGACUCUGAGAAGGACAUCUUUGACUACAUCCAGUGGAAAUACAAAGAGCCAAAAGAACGCAGCCAGUGAAGGGCCGAGACACAAGCUUUUGUUCUCAAAACAAUGAUUCUGCUGCAAACAAGGCUCAAAAACGUGUGCACAUGAAACUUGUGUGUUUUGAGUUUAGAUGUUUUUUGUUGUUUUAAAAAAAAAAAAGCUUUUUCUUGGUUAAUCAGUGAAUGAGUAUUGAUGAGACGUAGUCAAUACAAUAUGGGUCAAUGAGGAAAAGAAAUAUUGUCAAGGCAGAAUUUUUACAUUGUUUUACUUGUUCCAUGAUCAUACAUGACAUCUAUAUAUCAUUUUCUGACAGAUCACACAAACAAACAAAAAUUAAUUUAUUGGUGACUCUUUUGGUUUCAAUCCAACUUAACAUUAAGGAGUGAAUGAGUAGGAAAGGCCUCAGUAGCCCGUUUUGACUGAUUGCUUAUUAAACUUGCUAGGCAACAGUGGUUGUAGCUUUGUUGACUACAGACACAGCCAGGCCACCAGGCCCUUGCACAGUGCUACCAGAUAUUUAGUUAUGCUGUCACACAGCAUCCGUGUGAUGGUUUUCCUCCAGACUGUCCAUCAGGAUUAUAUUUAUUGUGCUUGAAAGUUAUUAAUCAUUUAUUUGAAAUGUAACUGCCCAACCCUUGAUGUGGUUAUUAAUGAUCUGUAUCUAUUUCUGAUGGCUUAGUCAGUCUAGAUAUAAUUUGUGUGGUCUUAGCAUACUGCAGCACCAUAUAAUAAGUUGGAACGUUUUUAUUUUUUAUCUCAGUAGAGGUUACCAAUAGAAGAAAUUCAACGUUGAGUUGAUUUUGGCAAGCAAUGGAACAGUAACUUGGUAAAUAGCAAUUAUGUUCUAUUUCAUAUUUUUUGUCAAACGUGUUUGAAUUGUGUAUGGUGUGGAUAUGAUAAUAAAUGUGAAAUUGUGUCUUUA